CCAACUUUGAACUUGCCACUUGUGAUUUCACCCGGUGGAUUGAAGCCCUGACUUAUUAUCACACCAGUACGGAGUACCUACUCCAUACACCUCUUCCCAAAAAACCCAAAUCCCAUACCAAGACAAGGAGAGUCAGCUAGGCAGGCUUCGUUAAAGAAGCAAAGAAAUAGGGAAUAUGGCCAAGUUGCGAAUUUUUAACCACUUAGGGUAAACAAUCCUUCUAUUUCGUUCUCCCAAAUUUGAUACUCGUCAACCCUCAAAAUUCGACAUGGCCAAACGCUCACGUAAGGACUCUCCACCUGAGCCAUCCGAGCUCGCGCCUACUUUUGCAAUCGAGUCGGAACCUUUGGCUCUCGCCAGCCAUUUGCCUCAACGCAAGCAUGUGCACUUGGAUGCGUCCGUGCAAUCUCCAGAAUUGAUACGCUGUGCUUUCCCUCCACACCGGAAGCCCGUAUCUUUUUCGACGUAUGAAGAAUACGAGAUUCACUACAAGCAGUCUCAUGUCAAUCGGUGUUCGGAAUGUGGAAAGAACUUCCCGUGUGAGUUGUUUCUUGCUCGCCAUAUUGAAGAGAAUCAUGAUCCGCUUACUGCUGCGAGAAGAGAGCGGGGAGAGAAAACGUUCGGUUGUUUUGUGGAAGGCUGCGAACGGAGAUGCUCUACACCUCAGAAGCGGAGAAUGCAUUUGAUAGACAAGCACUCCUUCCCGAGAACCUAUAAUUUUUACAUCAUAAACGACGGUAUUGAUAAGCAUAAAUCACUUCUCAAGUCCAGUUUGCCACAACAUAGACGAGUCUCGAUACCGGCGUCUACGCAGCAUGAACCCCCUCAACGAAGGCUUCAGCCGUUCGAAUUUAUGAAAACCUCCACUCAGGCCACCCCAGCUCCCGCUGAACCUCCAUACGUUCAGAUGCCCAAUAGCAAAACACCGAAUCCCGUUACGUCAAACCAUACAUCGCCUAGGGAUCAAAGUGAAACCGUACAUAUAUGUACCUCCGGCCAUGAUGUUACUGAACUCACAAACUCAAUGUCAGCGCUAAAAUUUAUCCCGACAAGCGUUCUACUACGGCAAGAUAGGGAAAAAUCGAGUGCAUCUUCGACAACGACCUGAAGACCACGAUUAUUCCUUUGGGAUUCGUUUUGGGAUUCUCGCUCAAAACACUACCUAAAGGGAGAGUUGAAAUAUUGAAAUUGAAUUAUUCACUACUUGGGAUACAAACAUCAAUGGGAAAUCUGCUCUCGCUAGGUUAAAUAGUACGAAUACUUUGUCAACUGUCCCACACAAGUGAACCAAAUAUCGUACUAUCGAGAACAUAAACGAAUUCCCAGGCUAUAUCCAUCUAUGGAACCUCGAAGAUUUCCUCUCCAUAUUGACUAGAACGACAUACCAAAACGGGUUAUAAAGAUUUUGUGUACAAAAAUAAACGCCAAAACACAACGGAUAUCAUGAAUUACCCAACUCAUGAAUAUCAAGUAUAACUUACGCGUGACUCGCUUUAAUGUAUAAGGCUAAGUGGAAAGCACUUCUGACUUGUCUUCUAUAAAGAGAUGCUCUAUGCGGGAAGAAAAUCGGAUCAGGAAAGCGGCCCCAUUUCCAACAAAUCAGCAUAAAUCUCCAAACUCGAGCCAAUCAAGUCAACAAUCGGCCAGCUUGUAUUCCCCUUGAAAGUUCUAGACCAGACGCGUACGACGGUGAGACUCAAUUGCUUGACCUUUACCGGAUCAUUUAAAAAGUCCAACUCAGACGUGGCCUCCAUUUCGACAGACAUGUCCGUCUCGUCCAUCAUACUUUUGACCCAAAGCACUAGUUUCCUCUCGUGGUCCGAAAGCGGCUGCUCCGACUGCGUUGCGGGAAUAGAAAGAAGCCAUCGACUUAGCAAAAAAGCACAUUCAAGGCUACAUAUAGAAUGCUGGAUACUCCAAAAGAACGAAUGUGUUUUAGCGACGAAGUUUAUGCCCAAGCGAACCGGGAUUGAGAGCGCGUGAGCGGAAUGUAGCAGCGCCAUUAUGAGCCGAGGAUGGCGGCCAACCGGCGGGGAGUUUUUCAGUGCCUGGGCUAUUUGCAACGGAUCUUGGGUUACAAGACGGCGGCAAGGCCCGAGAUUCACGUGAAGCCUAAUAUAUGCUAAUCCAAGAAGGGCGGUGGAGGUGAAUGCAAUCGGGCCAGCAGGAUUUUGAGGAUCGAUGCUUGACUCAGGAGUUCGUCUCCACCCGGCUUUCCACGCACUUAGCGAAGCUUCUAAAACGCCAAGAUCUUCUGGUCUGAUGCUCGUUCCCGGCAUCAGAGGCGCCGACAAGCAUAAUUGUCUUGCGAAAAAUAUCUGUUGGAUAAUGGCAUGGAUCAAGACAUAAUUCCCUAGUGGUGAAAUUGGGUUAUAACCAUUCGAUUGAGG